CUCCCACAAAAUCCACCAAAUCACAUCACACCGAGUCCUCCAAACUUCGAAACACCGUUCCUUCGUAAUCUCAAUUUCUUCUACUUUAGAAACCAACACCAAGAUUCAUAUGGUAGAAGGAACCAAGCAGGUAACUGGGUAAGGUUAAGAAAGCAGUUAGAACCUGAGAUCUCACCAAAUUCGUUGAACAGACAUUCUGGCUUUCAGGGACCAUUUUUGUGCCAUCGGCGAUGAGACUAUACGAUGGUUUCAAAGAGAUUAUAAAGAUUCAGAAGUUUCGGAGGAUCGUGUCCUAUACCGGAUUCUACUGCUUCGUUGCGGUCCUGAGCUAUGCUUACACAAGUAAUACAACGAGAGCCGGGUAUUCUAGAGCUGACCAAUUCUAUGCGUCUUACCCUGCUGGAACUGAGCUCUUGACCGACACUGCUAAGUUAUAUAAAGCUGCACUUGGCAAUUGUUUCGAAGCGGAAGACUGGGGUCCAAUCGAGUACUGCAUCAUGGCGAAACACUUCGAGCGUCAAGGAAAAUCGCCAUACUCGUAUCAUGCACAAUACAUGGCACACCUUCUCUCUCAUGGACAACUUGACGGCAGUGGCUAAAAGGGAAAUAUCAAUGCUGUGCCAGAUGAGUCCAAAUGUCAUAAGUGCAAAAUUAUCUGGUGCCAAUCAAGUGUGUGUGUGUGAGAGAGAGAAUGAGAGAGAGAGAGAGAGAGAGAGAGAGAAUGAUUAAGUGGAUAAAUGUGUAACGGAGUUGAAAACUGCUGCAGUUUAUUAUACUAGCAUUUGUCAUUUGGUGGGAGAAACAAAAAUCUGGACCACUGGGUUUGGUAAC